CGUGCUUGUCCUGUCCCGUCCUAUAUCUCUUGACGCGCGACAGCCAAACUAGAUGUCUGUAUCCCCACCUGUCCCCAUAAUUGAAAUCUCGCUCGCGCCCCCGGAGGAGCCGCAGCCCGAGCCCUACUCUCCUUUCACCCCCAUGAACUCUGGCUUCCCAUCCGCCGCUGGUCGCGACGCGGACGUCAACGACGACGCGUACAGGCCGGCCCUCCUCACGCCGCCGCCGCUGCAGAGCUGGUCACUCUCGCAGCGUCGGCCGCUGAGUGUGCAGCCGAAGAACAAGGGUCUUAGGGACGAGGAGUUUCAGGCGCUCCUCCGCGCGUCAAGGGAGCGCGGGGUCACUGCGAGCGCUAGGAAGCAGGAUCUGCGGAAGGAGGUGGCGCUCAAGGCGCACAAGACCAGGCAACUCGAGCGUCGUGCUCUAUUCUUGUCAAAGAUUGGAGCUCCUCCCUCACCUACGGCAACCUCGCUUCCGAAGACACCUCCAGACUCCCCAGCGAUCUUCCACUACUCGCUUCCGUCACCUGGGUUAUGCUCGCCACUCGCCUUAUUCGAGAAGCUUGGUCUUGACGACCAAGAUGCUGAAGAACGCGGUGCACGUAAAGUCUGGGUCGAGCAGGUGGACUUUCGCCUUCCUAGGCAACCAGAGCCAGUGUCAUUACCAAUGUCAAUGCCAACGAUAGUGCGACAAUCGGCUCCGACUUCCGAGGUAGCCUCGCGCUAUGCACAACCGCAAUCGCAAUUUGAGCUGCCAAGUAUCACCGUGACGACGGCGGAACGCCCGCAGCAGGACAAGAAGGGACAUGCGCGUAAGAGGUCGAUUCCUUCGUUGGAAGACAUCACGGAACGGUAUUCCGCACAGGCGAGUGGUGGUGCGACUACUGUCGCUGCUGCCUCGCCAACGCCCGCGAGAGCAAGGGCACCGCUUCCUGCCUUCCUCAAUGUGCGAAGACAGAGUCCGCCACCACCACCACCUGUGGAGGUACCUGAGGUGAAGGUCAUUGCUCCUGAGUCAAUGACUCGUCCGCGAUUGACAUGUACGGGACGGAUUCAGUUCCCGUCGCGCUCGCCUUCACCGCCAUCGUCCAAGCCGCUUCCUGCUCUCCCGUCUGGACCAGCCCCACUUAUGAUGCGAGGUGCUAGACAACGGACGAACGCACUCCCUCCACUGCCUACCUCCCCUCGCUCGCCUUCACCGCCUUCGUUACAAAUAACGAUCACGCACGUCCCGCGUACGGAAUCGACGAGCCCCGUCCAGCUUACCGAGGCGAAUUUGUACGCGCUUAACUCGCGUGCGGCUACUGCGCGCGAUAUGCUUAGUACGAUUCGACGACGGACUGUCGUUUCGUAUGGUCGUGUUUGUAUACCACCGCCGAAAUCUGCUUCUGCGUUCGUGGGUGGUGUAGGUGAGGAAGAGGAUGAGAAGCAACGAAGGCGACAUAGUGCACCUGCGGAUAUGCCGUCGAAGGGUGGACGUACAGGGUUCUCGCAUCCCGUACUUGCGCACCCUAGCGGAUUCUGAGUCCCUAGGUUGACUCGUUUCGCUCACUUGCUCUUCGUCGCCCUCAUCUCGUUGGCUUGGUAAUUGGUGUACUUGUAUUGCGCUGCGCUUUCUUUUCUGGUUCUGGCACUGGCACUGGCAGAUGGACCAUUUUUUUAUCUUUUACAUUUGAGAUUAGGGAGGUUCAACUUCCUGUCUCCGUUUCUGGUUGGUUGCACUUCAUUCACGCAACCCACACGCUCUCUUUACAUGUGUGUGGUGAAUUACACCACAGCAACCACAAUUACUCUGUGUCGUUUCGAUGCGCCGCGUUAUUGUUGUCGUAUUGGGCUGGCCCAGUUGCUUUUUUUCCUUCCACGCGCAUCUGCGUUACUCCUUCCUUACCUUACACGUCGUACCUCGUACCUUACUACUUACUACAAAGUUGCCUUGAGCAAUGCAUCAUUAUCACAGCGUAUCCCACCUGCGUUCAU